CAUGUCCACCGCAAGUACAUUUACGGCAGGCAUGUUGCUUCCUACAUGAGGAUUUUGAUGGAAGAUGAGCCGGAAAAGUAUCAGUCUGACUUCUCUAAAUACAUUAAAGCUGGAGUUGACCCGGAAAACAAUGAAGAGCUAUACAAGAUGGUGCAUUCAGCCAUUCGUGUUGAUCCAACCCCAAAGAAGUUGGAGAUACAGCCUCCAAAGGAGCACAAGGGGUUCAACCUGAAGAAGCUAACAUAUGAUAAGAGGAAGCAGAAGCUUAUUGAGAGGUUGAAUGCUCUGAAUGCGGCAGCUGGUGGCGCAGAUCAUGAAUGA